UUAAAAAUUUAUUGGCUACUGCGUCGCUUACAAGAUCUGACUAUGAGUAUCAUAAUGAGGUCUAAUUAGAAUUUAAUUCAAUGUGAAACAAGAAAGUUAGCUUAUUUCGGAAGAGAAAAUUCACCGUUUCAAUUUACGAAUAAUCCAGGAAGUACACUAAGAUGGAAAUAAGCUGAAAUAUGACUUUUGCAUUCUAAUUGACAUUCAAAUAAGCUAGAAACGACGGGAAACGAGUCGACAAUACUGCUUGAUUGAGAGAUCUUCGCGUCGAUUAUGAUCUGCGGAUCUGCGGAUCUUAACGGGGUAUCGAAUGUGCGACUCUUUAAUUCUUUCUCUCUCUGCUUUGAUGCUUAUAGCUCACCUCUUCCGUACAUCUUUGAAUUAAUGAACACACCGGCUACUGAAUAUUUCGAUAACCGACCCGAGCAUUAGUACCUCCCGCCUCUGGGUUCUGAAAAAAUCCGAAAGCCUGCGGCGGGGUAGCCGCGCAUCUCUUUCCACAAUCUCACGAGAAAUCGUGGAGAAAUCCCGCAAAAACGUGCGUUUCCUCCUAGGAUGAUCCGAUACCUAACGAGUAGCCGACGAGCCCGGUUCGAGCGAGCAUUGGUCCCCUUUAAAUGCGAGGUCGCCCCGUUUCUGCGAGCCACGAGAGCAACUUUUGACUCGUUCCCGCAGCGAGCUUACGCACGUGCCGAGAGAAAUAAGAGUCCCUUUUCGCACUGAACUAGAGUCGCACUGAGUUGAGCGUGUGUGGGAUCAGCCGUCGGUGGUGCGCGACCCGGCAAGCCGCGCGCAAAGGCCGCCAAUUAAUUAAGAUAGCUCCUAGACACACGCUAGAUCGAUAGGGACCGGCCGCGAUAAAGACUGGCGAGGGUCUCAGACUUCAGGGAUGUUGCAGUGCUGUGGUGUUGGAGGUGGCGUUUCCACGGCACCUCAGGCUCCGCAGCUGCAGGGGACCGGAUCCGCUGUCGGGGCUACCACCUCCACGAGAACCACCAUCAUGCAGGACGCAGUUCUCGAAUCCAUCUUGGAGCAAAUGCGGGAGACGGAAGCCCGGCGUGCGGAUCUGGAGAGGCAGCACGCGGAAGCACAGAACCAGCUGCGGGAGAAGAUAGCAGGACGCUAUCAGGGUCCGGAAUCGGUCGAAGCGUUGCAGUCGAAGAUCCGGGAGCUCGAGAAGAAGACGGAGCUGCAGAUGGUGAAGCACGAGGAACUGUCGUUGGAGUUGACCAGUCUGAGACGUGCGCGCAGCAGAGGACCGGUCGCGGGGCACGUCACGUCCACGAGCGUGCCGACGGCCACUUGGCCGCCGGCCGGCACCGAGAUCGAUCGGAUCAUCGCCAAGAUCGAGCAGGACAAUAGUUCCGGUAGAAUGUUACACGAACUGGACCACACACGGAGCGCGAUAACCACGCAGCAACCCUCGGCCACGCAAGGUAUCCUUCGGUCCAGCUCGGAGAAUCUUCCCAAUCUCGGCCAACAUCAACAUCCACCUCAUCCGCAUGCCCUUAAUCUCGGAAUGCCUAGCCAGAUGGGCCACUACGCAGGCUCGCCGAUGCCGUUGACGCCGAUGAUGCCCGGUUGCCCUCCGCUGACGCCGAACGGGCCGCCAUAUCACUACAGCGAACCGAUACCGCCGGCGCCGUCACUCUCCAGCAGCCAGUCCCAACCCGCUUUCCAACAGAAGAUCCAGCAGUAUCAGCAGUCGCAGCACGAGCUGUCGAGUUCCCUCUCCCAGAACACCCUACCGUCUCAGCAGAAGCAGCAACAAACGCACACUCACUUCACAAGCAAUCAGUACCAGGAGAGUUAUCCGCAUACGCAAACGUAUCAGCAGCCGCUGCAGCAGCAACAGAAGCAGCCGCAGCAGCAGCAGCAUCCGGCCUCCACUACGUACCUGACAUCAGCCAGCCAGAGCGUGUUACCCCACUACACACAGCCUGCCCAGACCGCCCAGAAUUAUCAAUUGAACGGCAGUCAACAGGCAACGACAUAUCCGAGUUUAUCCAUGGCGUCGCAUCCGAACGGGACUUACAGCACGGGGGCGACCAGCUUCAACACCCAAUUGCCGCAUCACAAUUACACCGUGCCGCAGACGAACAUCACGCAAACCACGCUGUCCUCGCUGCCGCUGUACUCCACCACGUCUUAUCAUUCCACCCUCGGGGGCCUCACGAGCGUGCCCCAGUCUGUUCUUCCUUUCUCCAGCGGUCAAAGCACCUUCGCCACGAGCGGAUCGACUUACUCUACCGUCGGGACCAACGCUUUCGGGACGUCGGGCGUAAGCUCAGGUACUACUUCGGGAGGCUUGUUACAAGCAAUAGGCGAUCCUCUGCAAGCGAUGCAGCAACUCUCCGCCCAGUCGCAGGCUAAUCAGCUACAGCAGCAAGCGAUCAUUCACCAGAUCCAGCAGAGCUUGCGCGCCAGCUCGCCGACUGCGCCCAGCACCGCGACGGGUCACCACUUCCUGGGUCCUAGGCAAAUGCCGAAGAUCCCCACGAGUAUACUGACGAACCCCGUGGACCGACUGCCCAACGACAACAUAGUACCUGAGGGUCAAGUGGACAUGCUGGACGUGCCGGGCAAGGGCAGAUGUUACGUUUACAUAGCUCGCUUCAGCUAUGAACCGUGCCAUCAUUCACCGAAUGCGAAUCCGGAAGCGGAACUGCCGGUCCAAGGCGGCGAUUACCUUCUGGUCUGGGGCCAGCCCGACGACGACGGUCUCCUGGACGCGGAGACGCUCGACGGUAGACGCGGUCUGGUGCCGGCUAACUUCGUACAGAAGCUGGUCGGUGACGAUCUGCUGGACUUUCAUCAAGCCGUCCUCAGCCUCAGAGACGUGGACGAUUCCGCUUCGACGAAUAUCCCUCAAUGCUAUCUGCAGGAUAUUGAUUUAGAGCUGGCCGCGUUGGAGGAAGGUAAUCGGAAUCGUCAGGCGGAACUGUCCGCAUAUGCGGAACUCGACAAUAUCGCGGAGGAGGACGAACAAGAGCCGCCAGAAGUCUACCUGUUUUCGGACCUAGUUCCGGCGCCGCAGCACCUCACGCUCGAGCGGCAACUCAACAAGAGCGUGCUGAUCGGAUGGACCGCGCCCGAGAACCCGCACCAGCUCGAGUCCUAUCACGUCUACGUGGACGGCGUGCUGAAGGUCACGGUGAAGGCCACCGAGAGGACCAGAGCGCUCGUGGAGGGAGUCGAUUCCACUCGGCCGCACAGGAUAAGCGUGCGUUCGGUUACGCACUCGAGGAGGACGUCUCGCGACGCCGCUUGUACGAUGGUGAUCGGUAAGGACAUCGCGCUCGGCCCGACAGCUGUCAAAGCAUCGAACGUGACCGCGACCAGCGCCGUGAUAUCCUGGCUGCCCAGCAACAGCAACCAUCAGCACGUGGUGUGCGUGAACAACGUGGAAGUGAGGACCGUGAAGCCGGGCGUCUACAGACAUACCAUCACCGGCUUAGCCCCGUCAACGAUAUACAGGGUGACCGUCAAGGCGAAGAACCUGAGGGCGACGCACUUCGAGGACCAAAACGCCCAGGCGGCGAACAAUCUGGCCUGCCACGUCCACUUUAAAACGUUGCCCAAGGGACUACCGGAUCCUCCGGUCGAUAUCCAGGUGGAGGCUGGACCGCAGGACGGCACUUUGCUAGUGACCUGGCAGCCUGUUGCCCUAAACGGUUCGGCCGUCACCGGUUACGCGGUGUACGCCGAUGGUAAGAAGGUCACCGACGUCGACAGCCCUACCGGUGACCACGCGUUAGUCGACAUACACAAGCUAAUGGGCCUGAAUCCGAAGCACAUCACCGUCAGGACUAAGAGCAGGGAGAGCCAGUCCGGCGACAGCUGCGCCACGGCGAUACCCUGCAGCGUGCUGCGCGGUGGCACCGCCGCUCACAUGCCGCCCCAUGGGCCGCCGCACAUGAUGGAUCAACGGCAACAACAGCAGCCCGCCGGCAUCGGCCCGCAGGACGACCCCAACCGCCAUCGCAUGGCGGGCGGCGUCAGUCAGCGGUACCCGAACGCGCCCGCUUCUUCGCAUAUGCGACGGCACGUGAGCAACAGAGUAGACGCCCACGGUCAGGUCAUCAUCGAGACGGACGAGAACCUUUCCGACAAGGAGAUUUACCCCGGACAGAGCAUCUCUCAGAUGGGUAUUCCGGAGAUCACGAAGGAUUCCGCCAGCGAAGCGAACUACAGCGAAGAGGACGACCCCACACGAAGGGCGCGAGGCAUGCCACCGCAACAUCAUGGGCCGCAUCACCGAUACGGCCCCCAAAUGGACCCACAGGGCCCGCCCGGAACGCACAGGUCUCCCAGCAUGGGCGGACCCAGCGGUAGACUUCAAGAUCCUUAUUAUGACCAAACGGGAUCUCAGAGGGGAAGAGGACCGGGCGGGGUUUAUCGCGGCGGUCGGGUGACGCAGGCUCAAGGUGGAGCGGGUCACCCGUCGAGCGCAGCUCAACAGAUGAACAAAAGGCAGCGGUGGUUCGUGGCAUUAUUCGAUUACGAUCCCACGACCAUGUCACCAAAUCCGGACGCGUGCGAAGAGGAACUGCCGUUUUCCGAAGGCGACACUAUCAAGGUGUACGGGGAAAAGGAUGCUGAUGGCUUCUACUGGGGCGAGUGUCGCGGCAGACGCGGAUACGUUCCUUACAACAUGGUGGAGGAACUUAAAGAUCAGAAUCAGCCGGGUCAAGGUCCCGGCAGGAGAGGGCCGCAAAGCGACAGAUGGGGCGACAUUUACGCGAGCGUGCCCGUGAAGAAGAUGAUAGCUCUCUACGAUUACGAUCCUCAUGAAUUAUCUCCCAACGUUGAUGCUCAAGUGGAGUUAACGUUCCAAACCGGAAACGAGAUCUACGUUUACGGUGACAUGGACGACGACGGCUUCUACAUGGGCGAGUUGAACGGCGUACGGGGCUUGGUACCGAGUAACUUCCUCACCGAAGCGCCGGGCCAAAAUCAGGGCCAAGCGCCGCAGGGCAGCAGGAGACCCGGUCAGAGUCAAGGACCGGGCGCGAGAGGGCCACCCCCGCCUCCGCGGGAACCGCCCCCGGCUGGUCACCGACGAGGAAAAGAUGCCUGCAUUGUGCCUGUGUCUGUCCCUGUCUGUCACUUAGACUCUAGACAACUACAACAACAACCACCACCAUCACUAAUGAACAACCAACAACAACUACAACAUCAACAAAACAAUCCACCGCAUCUAGCGUACCAACAAGCGAAUCACCACAGCUACACGACCGUAACCACGUCCAAUCAGCAUGGGCCCAGUCACUUGCCACCCGGCGGCGGUGUCAUGGGUGCCCAUCAGCAAGGUCCCGUACCGCCCCACCUUCAGCAACAGGGGAAGGGGAGGGGCGGCGUGGUCAAUCGGCUCGCUGGUAGUAACAUGCCGAGCAUGCAGGGUCCGCACCUCCAGCAACAGCAGGACUAUCAGGGCCAACAGCAACCGGGCCAGCCGUACCAGCAACAGCAACAGCCGAAUCAGCCGUAUCAGCAGCAACCGUCGAGCCAGGGCUACCAGCCGCAAAUAGGAUUCACCGUGCAGGGCCCGCAGUUUCCGCAGUCGCAACAGCAGCAGCCGGGCCAGCCGUUCUCGCAGCAGGUCCAACAGGGUCCGCCCGGUGGUCCUCAGAGCGCCAGCAAGCCGAUGAGGGGAAUACCGGCAGUGAUACCUACGGCGCAAUCGAAGACACCUAACCCGACGCAAGGUCAACAGCAGCAGCAGCAACAGCCGCAGCAACAGAGCACCGGGCCGAAUCUCAUGCAGAAGUUCACGGAGAUGGCUGGCGCGAGCGCGGGCGGCGACAUACUGUCCAAGGGCAAGGAGCUGAUCUUCAUGAAGUUUGGAUUGGGCAAGUGAGGAGGAGCGAUUGCUCCCGUGACGACGAUGACGACCAUGACGAUGGUGAUGAUGAUGAUGCUGAUGAUGACGAUGAUGAUGACGAGGACGACGACGUCGACGGUGACGCGUCGUCGGCAACGUAGUUCUUUCUGUUUCUUCCUUUGCGCGCUCCGCGUACACGUGGAUGUUUAACGCGGAUCGAUUGUCGCGCGAGCCACCAUCGCGCCUCAACACACACACACAUAACACACACACACACACACACACACGUACACACGCGAGUCGUGUGAAUCAGUAUUACGACGAAGUGUUACACACGAUUUACGCGGCGGAUUGUAUCAAUCAGUACGUAUCUCGUCGGGUGUCACGGAAGGGCGGAGAGGCGAAUGUGCGCCGCCAUCGCUGCUGCUGCUGCUGUUGCUGCUGCCGCUAUAGUAACCGUUACUGCUGCUGCAAAAUGAAAAAAGAUAAAAAGAAUAGCAAAAGAAAACUGUUGCUGGACGAACAAUAAUUGGAAGGUUAAAAGGACGAGCCUCACGACCGAGGAAUGAGAAAAAGGCAUUUGGUAGGAACCGCUCGAGGUCGAGAGAGAAAGAAAUAGAUACAUAGAGAGAGACAAAGAGAGAGAGAGAGAGAGAGAGGGGCCAUACCAAGAAUAUUGCGAGUCGAUACCGACGAUUCUGUCGUCAUCGGGAACGGCCGAUCGAGAAAAAACAAGCGAUGUGUAAGAGAUUCAUCGAACUUCUUCUUAAUCCUCCUUUUUUGAAAUCUUCUUCUCGUUCUUCUUCUUCUUCUACUACUUCUACUUCGUCUUCUGCUCCGCGACGGUAGAAUCCUCGAGCGCUGCAGCAUUGAUUCAUUGAACAAAGAAAAAAGAGAGAGAGUGUGAGAGAGAUACUGCGAGAAAAAGUACUCCGCGUAUUUGGCCCACCGAGCUGCGUCGCAACGCAACCCUCUGACACAGAGACAAGGUAUUUCAACGUCGGGAUGGAACACACCGACACUGACCGCGAGGUAUACCUCGAGCGUGUGCGAUCGGACGAGCAGAGAUCGCGCGGGACGCCGGUGUGCACCUCGUAAAUCGCGUAAAUCCGCGACUGUUUCUUCCAGUUUCUCUUCGUCCUCUUCGGAUCUCGCGUUAUUCGGAGCUCCGUUCGAUCUUAGAAUAAAAACCUUCUUCGUGAAUUAUAUCAAGCCCUGAGAGAGAGAGAGAGAGAGAGGAAGGGAGAUAGGGAGGGAGGGAGGGAGAAAAAGAGCGAAGGAGAGAAGGAGAUCUCUCGCGUUGUAACGUGAAAUAAAGAAGCUUCAGACGAUCGUCUGCCGUUCAACGCGAUCAUCGAGCAAAAAUAGAGAGAGAAAGGGAGAGAAGCCGAAGCCAGACUUUUCGUCAUGUGGAAAGAAGUACGCAGAGGUCGAGAACCUAGCAAGGAUAAUCAUAUCGCCGUAGGAGUGUGGACGCGACACAUGGGUGUGCCUUGGAGAACCGUCACCCAGCAACCAAAUGAUCAUAUCUCUAAUCGAUAAUUCUAACUGUUUUUUUCUUCGUGGAAGCGAGAGCGAGCGAGCGCGCGCGCGCGACAGAGAGAGAGAGAGAGCUAUAUCCAGCCGUGGCGCAUACACACGAAUAAAUGAUGACGAUCUCUCGUCUUGACAAUU